AUGUACCUGAUCAUUGUGUUUGGAAACCUGCUCAUCGUCCUAGCUGUCAGCUCUGACUCCCACCUCCACACCCCCAUGUACUUCUUCCUGGCCAACCUGUCCUUUGUGGACAUCUGCUUCACGUCCACCACCGUCCCAAAGAUGCUUCUGAACAUCCAGACCCAGAGCAAGGUCAUAACCUAUGCAGGCUGCAUCACACAGAUGUACUUUUUCCUACUCUUUGUAGAAUUAGACAUCUUUCUCCUGACUGUGAUGGCUUAUGACCGCUUUGUGGCCAUCUGUCACCCCCUGAACUACAUGGUCAUCAUGAACCCCCGGCUCUGUGAACUGCUGGUUCUGGUGUCCUGGCUCUCGGUUGUCUCUCUAUUUUAUUGUACGGGCCUGGGAGUGUACCUUAGCUCGGCUGCUACCCAGAGCUCCCACUCAAGUGCCACAGCCUCAGUGGUGUAUACAGUGGUCACACCCAUGCUGAACCCCUUCAUCUAUAGCCUGAGGAACAAAGACAUGAAGGGGCACAUGUGGCUUUUCUCUGGGUCUGCUGGGACCUUUGCCUGUGGGAUGGCCACACAGCCUAUACCAAAUGUCCUCUCAGUUGGAGAACCACCUCUCCCCGUGUGGCCUAAGGAUCCCGCGGACCUCUCUGUCUGCUCCUGGAGAUUCACCCUUCCCACCAAAGCUCUACCAAGUAUCAAGCUGCAGAGUUUCAGACUCUAUGCUCCCGUGUUUAUAGAGUUUUAA